UCUUUAAUAGAAUUAUACAACAAAUAUUUUGUUUUUGCAAUGUAAAAUUACUACAGAAUUUAAAACUCUGUGUUGCAUCAGGCGUUGACAUAAGUAAUGGUCUUCAGUUAACUUUCAUAUAACAUCCUUUUGCUUUUGUGUACCGAUGAUCAGGCAGUCACAUCAUGCUUCUCAGAAAUCAAUAUGGCGUCGGACAUCGUCGUACGCCGAUGCUAAUAGACGGUCGCCGGUUUGUUUUAACGUGAUUAUCUCGGAAUAUUUGUACGUUAACCGUACUUGCCGUUGCUAAUGAUGCGCGAGGAUGGAAGAAAGUCGUUCACAGCCGAUAAAGCUCAGUCAUAAGAAGUGGCGUUGUAUCGCGAAGAGGGAACGUCGCAGACGUAUACGACGGUCAAUCGCGCAAGAACGUGAUGCCAAUGAAGAACGCUUGAGGGCAGUACUGGAAGGCAAUAUGGCGUAUUUGAAAUUUUGCGCGAAGCAAGAGAAGCAAGAGAAGAAGAAAGAAGCACAAGAACAAAAGGAACAUGAGAAACAAGAGAGGGUGUGGCUGGAAGAAGAAAUAAAAGCACAGCAAGAAUGGCAAGUUCUCCAGGAACAAAAAGCAAAGGAGGAACAAGAGAAACAUGAGCAAGAGAUGAAGAUUCUCGAAGAAAUCGAGGCGAAACGUGUGGAACUUUUAGAGAGAAAAGAGGAAGAACGGAAAAAGCGCGAGGAGCAAUUUCGUAUACAAGAACAGUUGCAGAAGGAUAUCAACGAUUACAUUGAUAACGGUGCAAAGACGCCUGAAGCUUUGCGCAGAAUUGUCGACAACCAGCCUAGCAAGGAACCCUGCCCAUUUUUUACGAAAACAGGUGUUUGCCGGUAUGGAAACGCGUGUUCCAAGAAUCAUCGUAAAGUGUUUUUGAGCAACGUGAUCUUGAUACCCGGAUUCUAUUCACAUUUCUCGCUACAGCAGCACGCAGAGGAAUACGACACUGAUGUGGCACUCGAAUUCGAAAAUUCGGAAACGUGGCAACACUUUUACGAGUUCUUCGAGGACGUGAUAACUGAACUGGAGUCGUUCGGCAGGAUUAAGGUCAUUAAAUGUUGCCGCAACAUGGAAGUUCACUUGCGCGGUAAUCUGUACGUUGAGUAUUACACGGAGAGAGAGGCAGCUAGGGCUUGGAGGAACUUAAAGGGACGUUGGUAUGGAGGCAAACGACUCCACUGUGAAUUCGUCAACUUGAUAUCUUGGGGAGGUGCCAUCUGCGGCAUAGCUCAAUGUCCGAAGGGCACUAAAUACUGCAAUUUUCUUCACACCUUUAAAAAUCCAUGCAAUCGAUACGACAUUAAGAAACCUCAACGGACAAACACAAAGGACAGUUUUAAAAACCCAAAUAACAGCAAACGAAGUGAACACGGAAAUAAAUCUAAUUGGGAAGAAUUCGAUCGAGAUGACGGCGAAAGGAAUCGCAACUGGAGAUGGUCUGAGUCGCCUGAAACUGAAUUGGGUCGCGCGAAAGAUUCGGAGACGAAACAUCAUCAUUCCACCAAGAGGGACAAGAGGGAACGAUCAAAAAGAUUCUCGCGCGAUAGAAGUCAGAGAAGGGAUGCAAAAAGAAACGUUAGGAGUUCCAAAAUCAAAAUGCCGCCUGAGAAACGUCAUCGAUUGAAUCGUAAGAGGGUCCAUGACAACAGAGACCAGAAUAAAAAAGAUGCGUCGGAUGGUCGCUCUUCUAGAAAGCGUAGAAAGAAAUCUGAGGAAGGAAGUUGAAGAGUAGUUGUGAUAAGUCAUUAGAAGUAUUUAAAAAUAUUGGCAAAAAGGAAUAAGAAAAAAGAUGUAAAUCCAAAAAAAAGAAAUAUCUAAAAAAAGUUCCUGAAUAUCCAAAGCUCAUGCAGGCUGUUAAGACAAGUGGAUCUAAUCUUAAUAUAAUAUAAAAUUAAGAGAUAAUUUUAUUAAAGCGCCGUAUGCGAAAGUAACGAAUGAAUAAAUAAGAAGAAAUAAUUUUUUCUUUA